UGGCGGAUUGCUGGUCGCGGGGAACUUUACCACACUGGAUCCCAAAGUCCGUCUCUCUCACGUGCGCAGUUCGGAGCUGCCAUGGAUCUUGCGCCUGGAUUUGCAUUCUUAAUUAUUUUGCCGUUCUUUCUGCACACGAACGGCCUCUAUAUCGCCAGUAGCAUAGACUCCCUGCAGGACAUCCUCGGGGAGUAUGGACUGGUCAGGCCGGUGAGCACGGACGCUGAGGGCAGGUUCCUGUCGCACGCCGUGUCGGCCGAGCACCACCACAGGGAGCCCCGGGACCGGCUCUACUACAACGUCACCGUCUUCGGCCGGGAGUUCCACCUGCGCCUGCGUCACAACUCGCGGCUGGUGGCCCCCGGAGCCAAGGUGGAGUGGCAGGACGACAGCAACGACACGCGCUCGGAGCCCCUGCUGAGCGACUGCCUCUACGUGGGCGAUGUCAGCGGCGUGCCGGGCGCGUCCGUCGCCAUCAGCAACUGCGACGGCCUGGCGGGAAUGAUCCGGACGGAGCAGGAGGAAUUCUUCAUCGAGCCCCUGGAGCGAGGGGGUCAUGUGACGGGGGAGGAGGAGGAGGGGGGCGGUGGCCGGCAGCACAUCGUGUACCGCUCCUCGGCUGUGAAGAAGCCUCCUGCCAAUCACACGGCAGACUUCCACUCCAGAGGUCAGUGCCUUUUUAUCCGGUCCCCUGACAGAGACGCGCGCACUCGUCUGUCUCCAAGGUGGCUGGGCAAUAUAGCCCAGAACCUGAACCAGAGCCGGAGAGUGCGCCGCCAGGCCGUGGAGCGGGCCUACAACAUCGAGGUCCUGCUCGGGGUGGACUACUCGGUGGUCCAGUUCCACGGCAAGGAGCACGUGCAGAAGUACCUUCUAACCCUCAUGAAUAUCGUGAACGAGAUCUACCACGAUCAGUCCCUGGGGGCACGGAUCAACGUGGUUCUGGUGCGGAUCAUCAUGCUGCCCUAUGAGAAGUCUAUGAGUCUGAUAGAGCUGGGGAACCCCUCUCAGAGUCUGGAGAAUGUGUGCCGCUGGGCCUUCCUGCAGCAGAAGAAGGAUUCGGGUGACGCCGAGUAUCAUGACCACGCCAUCUUCCUCACCCGGCAGGAGUUUGGCCCCACGGGCAUGCAGGGUUACGCCCCGGUAACAGGUAUGUGCCACCCUGUGAGGAGCUGCACUCUGAACCAUGAGGACGGGUUCUCCUCAGCCUUUGUGGUGGCCCACGAAACUGGACAUGUGCUGGGUAUGGAGCAUGACGGCCAGGGAAACCGCUGUGGAGAUGAGGUGCACAUGGGGAGCAUCAUGGCCCCACUGGUGCAGGCUGCUUUCCACCGUUUCCACUGGUCCCGCUGCAGCCAGCAGGAGCUAGGCCGAUAUCUGCACUCCUACGACUGUCUCCGUGACGAUCCCUUCGACCACAACUGGCCAUCACUGCCGCAACUGCCUGGGAUCCACUACUCCAUGAACGAACAGUGUCGCUUCGAUUUUGGCAUCGGCUACAUGAUGUGCACCGCGUACCGCACAUUCGACCCCUGCAAGCAGCUGUGGUGCAGUCACCCCGACAAUCCCUUCUUCUGUAAGACCAAAAAGGGCCCGCCCAUUGACGGCACCAUGUGUGCCCCCGGGAAGCACUGCUUCAAGGGCCACUGUAUCUGGCUGACCCCGGACAUCCUGAAACAGGACGGGAACUGGGGCAUGUGGAGCAAGUUUGGGUCCUGCUCACGGACAUGCGGAGGAGGGGUGCGCUUCCGCACCCGCGAGUGUAACAACCCAAUCCCUGCCAAUGGGGGACGCACCUGCUUUGGUCCCAACUACGAGUUCCAGCUUUGCAACACGGAGGAAUGCGCCAGCCUCUUCAGCGACUUCAGGGAGGAGCAGUGCAGGAUGUGGGACCCCAAGUUCGAGUACCAGAACACCAAGCACCACUGGCUGCCCUUCGAGCACACGGACUCCAAGGAGAGAUGCCACCUGCACUGCCAGUCCAAGGAGACCCGCGACGUGGUGGACAUGCAGAGGAUGGUGCACGACGGCACGCGCUGCUCCUACAAAGACCCCUACAGCAUCUGCGUGCGCGGGGACUGCGUGAAAGUGGGCUGCGACCAUGUCAUCGGCUCGACCCAGCAGGAGGACAAGUGCGGUGUCUGCGGUGGGGACAACUCCAGCUGCAAGAUCGUCAAGGGCAACUUCACCCGCAGUGCCAAGAAACAAGGUUUUCUCAGGAUCCUUGAAAUCCCUCGUGGAGCCAGACAUCUGCUCAUCCAGGAAUUCAAGGGAACACCGCACAUCCUGGCGGUGAAGAAUCAGGCCACAGGACACUUCUUCCUGAACGCGGAGGGCGAGUUCCCAGAGUCUCGGACUGUCAUCGAGAAGGGGGUGGAGUGGGAGUACCACAACGACGACGACAAGGAGACGGUCCAGACCAACGGCCCGCUAAAAUACGGAGUGCUCAUUAUGGUGCGUCCGCAGUCCCCUCACUCACACACGUUCACACUGUCGUACAAGUACAUCAUCCACGAGGACCUGCAGUCGUCCAUUGAGAACAACGUGCUUCUGGAGGACUCUUCCUUCUUCGAAUGGGCCCUGAAGAAGUGGUCUCACUGCACCAAGCCCUGCGGGGGAGGUCAGCAGUAUACGCGAUAUGGGUGCAGGAGGAAGUCGGACAGUAAGAUGGUUCACCGGACCUAUUGUGAGAACAUAAAGAAGCCCAAAGCCAUAACCAGAAACUGCAACCAGAAGGAGUGCUCCCUGCCCAUCUGGGUGACAGGGGAGUGGGAGCCCUGCACUAAGUCCUGCGGGAAGGCCGGCUUCCAGAUGCGCUCGGUCCGCUGCAUCCAGCCCCUGCACGACGGCACCAACCGCUCCAUCCACAGCAAGUACUGCAACGACGACCGGCCCGAAGCCCGCCAGCCCUGCAACCGACAUCUCUGCCCUGCCCAGUGGAGGGUGGGGCCCUGGUCACAGUGCUCUGUGACAUGUGCCAACGGGACGCAGGAGAGACAGGUUCUGUGCCACACGCGUGACAACACCAUCAGCCUCUGCACGGACGCGAAGCCGGAAACCAUCCGAGCCUGCCGGCUGCCGCCCUGUCCCAAGAGCCCCACCGACCACAACAAGAACGGGAACUUCCUCAUACAGUGGCUGUCCCGGCCCGACCCCGAGUUCCCCAUCCAGAAGAUCUCUUCAAGGCAGCGUUGUCAGGGGGACAAGUCGGUUUUCUGUCGUAUGGAGGUCCUGAGCCGGUACUGCUCCAUCCCAGGCUACAAGCAGAUGUGCUGCAAGUCCUGUAAUGAGGGCAACUACACCACACACUCCAGCCCCACUGACCACAGGAAGUAUACCACGCCUUCUAGUCACACGAUCAGGAAGUAUACAACCGCCCCGACUCACACAACCAGGAAGUACAGCACAGCUCCCAGCCCCACAACCAGGAUGUACAGCACCACUCCCAGAUAUACAGUCGGGACAUACCCUUCAUUUACCAUGUCCACGGGCACUAGUAGAUACACCACAACACUCAGACCCACUACGUCCUUCAGUGAUACUACAGUUCCCAGCACCACCUUCACCACUGAUGAAACAACAGAUCCCAGCACCACCUUUAUCACAGAUGAUGUCACAGUUCUGAGAACCACCUUGCCUGAUGAAGACAUCACAGUUUCCAGCACCGCUGUCGCUGAAGAAACCUCCACAGAUUCUGGAACUAGCAUUAACUUUGAUGACAUCAGAGUUCCCAGCAGCACUGUUGCCAGUGAUGAGGUCAUAAUGCCCAGCACCAUUGUUGUCGACCAUGACAUCACUACUCUCAGUCCCACCUCUGCUUGGCCUGACAAUGUGGAGCACACACCUGGGUCUACCCUUGCUCCACCCACAACCACACCCACAGAGGAUGCAGCACCUACAACCACCACUGUCGCCACAGAGACCACCAGUGCCAGGGAAACAACCACCUCCAUCAGGCCUCCAAAUAAAAUAGAGGAGACCAGGGAAAACAACUUCAUCGAUGUGCCUUACAAAAUUAUCGGCGUGGACAACGACGUCUCCCAAAACAACUUCAUUCCCCGACGGAGACGCCUCUACCGCGAGCGAACGCGGAACAAACGAAUCCAAGAGCUCCUGGCCGAAAAGCGUGACUUUCUCAGAAGAAUGAAAAGGGGACCGGGUGCUUGAGUGACGGUGCUUCAGUUUCUCUUAUAGAGAUGAGCCCUGUCAGUCACAGAUUGUAAUUAUUUAAUCGCUGGUGCUCUGUCAGGUACUGAAAAAUGAACCGACAAACGGAACAUGGUACAGAUCUGCCCUUACCUUCCUGCCCUGCAAACCACACUUUGUGCAGAAGAAACCGCUGGCAAAUGUUUGCACAGUUGCUUUUAAGUCAAAAAAACAGUUCUCUUAGGACUAUUCUCUGAAGAGAUUUUAUAAAAGCAAUUUUAAUAUGCACAUAUAUGCAAUUUCAGACAUACUUAAAAGCACAUUUUCCGUGAUUGGCACCCUGGAUACACAACUUUAUCUCUCCAAACCCCUCCAAGAUCUUAUUCUCUCACUCUGGGCCACAAACAGAUAACACACCUGUCGUAACACCAUAAUAACGCACCUUAGUAACACACCUUUCUACACUCCUAACCUAGACAGAGCUGCUGUGUACACACUUACUUUGGCCCAACACUGAGUUCUACUUUAGCCUGGUCCUUUGGUAAUUCAGUAUGGGAGGAUCCAUAUCAAUUAAGUGGUU